CAAUAGCUGGCCAUCACCAUGACGACGAGGACGAUGGUCCACGUACAGUGUGGGGGACACGUAUGGUAGCCAAUCCAGAAGAGGAACACUAUAUGGACCAUCACGAUUGGGCUGAUCAUAUUGUCAUCACCAAGAGUAAGCGAAAAGGGCGCUCAAAAAAGCGAUAAAGAUAAAAAUAAAUGGUAGUCGCUUGUUGAAUUGUCGCAUGAAAUUAAAUCCCAUAAGCCACUUGUGCCGUAGCGUAGUUUUCACAGCUUUCUUUUUUCUUUUAUAUAUUUCUCCCAUUGAUCAAUCUGCCAUCAUGCCAAAAAACAACUCUAAAGAUGACAAUGAAAAUCACUCAUCAGUAGCAACAACGGCAGAAUCUUUAGUGAUCGAACAAGAUUUUGUGUCUUUUAAGAGACAACUUGCCGAUUUGCUCGUUUGUGGUAUCUGCUUAGAUACCAUCAAAGACCCACACAGUCUUGAUUGUGGGCACUCAUUCUGUGGUGAAUGUCUGUUGAGUUGGUUUGAACAAAACAAAAUCUGUCCUAGCUGCAAUACUCCUGCCCCUAGACAACCAGCAGCUAACCACACAAUACAUAACAUUGUGAGUCUUAUCAAAGAUCAGCACAAUGUUAAACGAUUAGCAAAAGAUGCCUGGAAAUCCAUAUAUGCAUCCAGGCCUUUACAUGAAUUCGUCUUUGACUCUGAUGAUGACGUUGCUCGUUGUGCAACCUGCCACUGGGAGCUGAAUGCCAAUUUGACUUGUGACAGAUGCGAGCUUAGGUACUGGAGAGGCCCAGAUGGUGUCGAUUACCAUCCAGAAGAAGAUAGUCAAGAAGAAGAAGAAGAAGAAGGUGAUCAUGAGGAAGAUCAAGACCUGUCUGAUUUUGUUGUGUCAGACGAUCAGUCAAUUGAAUUUGAAACUGAUAAUGAUAAUGGAAGUUACUCUGGAGACUCUUUAGUUUCAAAUGAACCACCACUCUACUAUUCAAAUCCAGUGUUUAUAGAUGAUGAAGCAUCAGAAGAUCAAUCAGAUAGCGAAGAAGAAGAGGAGGAGGCGCCUCGUUAUUUCAAUGCUGGAGGUAUGAAUAGUAUGAUCGUCAUCAAAAGCAUGUACACUAAUACGUUUUAAAGCGAGAUCCCGUUUAAAUAAACGUGUGGUUAUUAGCGACAGUUCUGACGAAGAAGAGGAGAGAGACAAUUCGGACUCCAAUGACAGCUCUGAUGAUGAAGAA